GGCUAAAAAGGAGAGAAAGGACUUUAUUUUGUUCAUCAAAUGAAAAUAAAAGACUUUUGGAUAUUUUGGGAAGGAUAUGGAAUGGUUUAAUGUCAAGAAAGGCUUUGGAAGAGAAGGGUUAUGGUUUGGGUUUUAGGAUACGAAAGCCUCCAUGCUUGUAGGAGCAUCCCGGGGUACAUCACACAAGGAAAUGGCCAAGUCGAAAAUGCUAACCGGACUAUAGUGGACGGGCUAAAAAAGAGAUUGGGUGAAGAAGGACACAAGUGGUUGGAAGCCUUGCCUCACACGGUCUGGGCGCAUAGAGUGACUUCAAGAAGGGCAACUGGAGAGACUCCUUUUGUGCUCACUUAUGGAUGUGAAGCCCGGUUACCAGUUGAGGCGGAAAUUCCAACAUUUAGGGAGACCGUAUACCAGCCCGGUCAGAACGAGGUCGACCACCUAGCUGAAUUGAAUCUGGUGGAAGAACGAAGGACCAUAGCAGCUGUCAAGAUGGCCGGUUACCAACAGUCACUAAAGAGAUAUCAUGACAACCGGGUGGGCCCACGGUACUUCCAAGUGCAUGAUGAGGUCUUACGCAGAAGGGAUGCCAGUAAACCUAAUGAGAGAGGCAAGCUAGUACGUAACUAGGAAGGACCCUAUCGCGUAAGGGCAAUCAUCAGACCGGGCACUUACCAGCUGGAGACCAUGGAAGGUGGCCGAGUUGACCGGCAUUGGAACUCUCACCAUUUGCGUAAAUUUUUUAGAUAAAGUGUAAUGAGUGAUGUACCCCUGGAUAGCUCUACCAAAACCCAAACUCUCCCAACAUAUCCAAAAGUUUUAUUUCUUUUCUUUUAUCAAAAAUAAAGUCUUUUCCAUCACAAUGAUAAGAAAAUAAAAGCCAAAACCUUUG